CUGUACUAGUGUCUGUUUACUAUAUUAUUAUGGGAUGUUAACAAAUAUUUUUAAGUAUCUUUCAUCUUUUUGUUGAGCUUUAAACUUAACUAAUAAUAACAAAAAAUUAUACAAAAUAAAACAAGAACACCAUUAAUAUCUGUACACCAUUAAUAAACACCUGGAAUUCUAUCAACUUAGGUUAGAUGUGCUCUUUUAUGUGUUUUUGUAAUAUUUUGUUGGGUAUUUGAUUAACAUAAAAAUAUAUAUUUCAUUAAAAAAAACAUAAAAAUAUAUAUUCUUAGAGGAAACGUUAAAAAUUAAAGAUCUUCAAGCCUUCAACCACCAAUUAGAAUUGGACACUCAUUCUGUUAUUCGCUGUACGGCUGGCAACAGUCGUCGUCGUUUUCACGCCCAAUUGUAGGGCCCAGCUGCAAUUUCGAACAGGCUUGUUUCCCUCCAAUGGCUAAAUAUACAUCUUCCCGAAGUCGCCAUUCCCUUUCCUUUCAGCGUAGAAAUAUAGAGGCAGAAUUGAGAGUUCGAAGACGGAGACGAGCAACCCAAGUUGGGGUCACUGAGCGCCAACUGCCGGGCGAUCGUUCUGGCAUUUUCAUCAGCUUUUGGUUACAUUCAAGGUGCCAAGAUGGUCGCCAAGGAUUUCUUUGUGGAUUUGGAGAAGCCCCUCGUUUUCCAGGUUGGCCAUCUUGGAGAAGCUUAUGAUGAAUGGGUUCACCAGCCUAUUAUUAGCAGGGAAGGACCUCGAUUUUUUGAGAAUGAGUUUUUGGAGUUCUUAACCCGCACAGUAUGGUGGGCAAUCCCAGCUAUUUGGCUACCGGUUGUAUGGUGGUUUGUUUCCGCAGCAGUCCAGAUGCAUGUUCCUCCUUCUGAUAUAGCCAUAUCAAUGGUUGGUGGUAUCUUUGUCUGGACAUUACUGGAGUACUCCUUGCACCGUUUUCUGUUCCACAUCAAAACAACAGGCUAUUGGGGCAAUACCUUGCAUUAUCUUAUUCAUGGCUGCCAUCACAAGCACCCUAUGGAUGGAUAUCGGCUUGUUUUCCCUCCUGCAGCAACUGCAAUCCUUUUGGUGCCACUGUGGAACCUGAUUAAGUUCAUAACUCCUCCAUCUGUUGCCCCGGCUCUUUUUGGAGGUGGCUUGCUUGGAUAUGUAAUGUACGACUGCACUCAUUACUACCUGCACCAUGGGAAACCAGAGAAAGGAAUUUCUACACAAUUGAAGAGGUUCCACAUGAACCAUCACUUCAGAGUUCAGGACAAGGGAUUCGGGAUCACCUCUUCCUUCUGGGACAAGGUGUUUGGAACCCUUCCUCCAAAAUCUGUCGAGAAAAAGAAUCGAUGAUUUUAUCAGAGAGAGAGAGAGAGAGAGAAUUCCCGUACAGAAUAUACAAGG